GUUACCUGGGAUGCAGCAUCAAAAUAUCUCAUUUACAAAACUGUGAAACUGUUCAAAACCCUGAUGGAGAUUUAUCAGUUUGGUAGAAAUUUAUUAGCCGAGGCUGACAUACAGGAGCAAUAAUCGACCUUCAAUUUAAUGCUCUUAAAAUUAAUAAAGCUCUUGAUUGAAUACUAGCACUUGACUGACUUGAGCAGAAACCAGAGGGAUUAGUUGAGGAAGAACCCCAGUUAAGAAGAAGAGAGGAGUAUGAAGCUUGAAGAAAGACCGUCAUUUUUCAAGGCUCUUGUUGGUGACUUCUCCCAGCAACUGCGUAUACCGCGUGCAUUUGUGAAGAACUUCAAUGGUCAUGUACCACGAUUCUGUGGCCUUAGAGGCCCUUGCGGGAAAAUGUGGGCUGUAAGUUUGAAGGUGGUCGAGAAUCGCCUGGUUAUCCAUGAUGGUUGGCAAAGUUUUGUAGAGACACAUAAUCUGGAGGUUGGGGAUUUCUUGAUUUUCACUUUAGAUGGUGUCUCAACUUUUGAUGUCAUAAUUUAUGGUAAAAGCUACUGCGAGAAGAUUGUUGGAGCAUCCAAGAACAGGAUUGCAAAUGUUGUGGACAGAACAAUUAAAACUGACAUCAUUUUAGGAAAGAGACUUGCACCUGACCUUGUGGAAGAAACAUCCAUUCGACCCAUCUCUUCUGAUUCAUCAAAUCCAUAUUUCAGAACUACUUUUACGAAGUCUAUGCGAUAUGACCUGAGAAUUCCAAGCAAAGUAGUCAGAGCUGCAGGUCUAAUGAGCGAUCAAACUAUAAUGCUUCAAGAUCCAGCAGGGAGUCCAUGGUUUGUUAAACUUCACGAUGCAAAAAGGGGCCGAAUGCGUAUGGAAGGUUGGUGUAAAUGCUGUGAAGCUAACCAAAUUUCAGUAGGUGACAACCUUCCUAUUGAGAUCGUCAAGCAUUCUGUAUUUCAACUUUAUGUUUAUAAGGGAAGUGAAGCCCUGGAUGUCAAUGCUCAAAGUUAAGUGACUGCUGGAUUUCAGAAUAUACUUCUAUUCAUAUCUCAUCACAAAAUGAUCUUCCUCAUCUCGGCCAAAGAAUC